AUGUAUGAAUAUUUUGUCGACUACAUCUACGCUUUUUAUUACCCACUCCUCGCAGCUGUUGGGGUUCCUGUGAACUUGGUGACAAUCUGGAUUCUAUCUCAGGGAAGGUGCGGUCUCUCCAAAUGCAUCACUCUGUACUUAGUGGCCAUGGCAGUGGCAGAUCUGUUGGUGGCGAUUACUGAAGUGAUACUGAAUCGCUCUGUUUCCUUUUAUUUCCCAAACAAUAUCCUGAAAACGACCCCAGGGUGCAGCACUCUCAUUGUCCUGAUCUGUGCAGUGAGGGACACUUCUGUCUGGUUAACAGUGGCUUUCACUCUCGAUCGAUUCGUAGCAAUUUGUUGCCAGAAACUGAAAGUAAGAUAUUGUGUCCCGAGGACGGCAGCUGUGGUAAUUGCGGUGGUGACUCCUCUGUUUUUUCUGAAGAACAUCCCCUGGUUUUUCAGUUUUGAACCUGUCUAUGUCAUUGACGAUAUACCGUGGCAGUGCCAGUCCACACCCAUAUUUUUCACGUCACCUGUCUGGGUGGCAUACGAUUGGCUCCACCGGAUCCUCAGCCCAUUCCUACCUUUUUUCUUUAUUCUGAUUUUCAACGCUCUGACAGUCAGACACAUUUUACAGGCCAACAGAGUACGGAAAGGAUUGUUGUCCAAGCAAGGAGGGGAUCAGGUGGAUCCAGAAACAGAGAACCGAAGGAAGUCCAUGAUUUUACUCUUUGCCAUAUCGGGCAGCUUCAUCGCUCUGUGGAUGCCCUAUGUCAUUAACUUCCUUCAUUAUCGAAUCGCAAAGACGUAUUAUUACACUGAUGCAAAUGCCCCUGGCUACAUCCUACAGCAGAUGGGUUACCUGUUCCAAUUGUCCAGCUGCUGUGUAAACACUUGCAUUUAUGUUGUAACUCAGGCCAAAUUCCGAGAGGAACUGAAGAGAAUGUUCAGAACUCCGUGUCGGCUCUGUGUUAAGUAG